AUGCUUCUCCGUUUGCCGACUAGCCUGCACUAUCCGAUCACCGUUACCUCGCUGCUGAAACAACCCGGCGACACGAUCAAGAGGGAUGAGGCUCUCUUUUGGUAUGUUUACGAGACUACCGUCACCGAGGGUGACGGGCUGGGAAACAAAGUCGACGUGUUGCGCAAGUUCCCAGCCAAAUUUGAAUCGACGGCGGAUGGAGAGAUCGUUCAAUGGAAAAUUCAGAAAGGAGACGUUAUUGAUGAACCCGUCAACGUUGUUGAAAUCGAUGAGCCUUGCGCGCACGAGGUCCAGUGGGGAGACCUUUGCGCGGAGUGCGGAAAGGAUAUGACUGAAUAUACAUACAAUACCGAGAUCACAGAUGCCAUGCGCGCCCCCAUUUCCAUGGCCCACGACAACACCAUUCUCACGGUCAGUCCAGAGGAAGCAACCCGCGUCGAAGAGGAUGCAAAGCGUCGACUACUUGCAUCGAGACGCUUGACUUUGGUUGUUGAUCUUGAUCAAACCAUUAUCCACGCUACUGUUGAUCCCACCGUGGGAGAAUGGAGAGAGGACAAGGAUAAUCCAAAUCAUGAAGCCGUGCGGGAUGUGCGACAGUUCCAAUUGAUUGAUGAUGGACCUGGAAUGCGUGGAUGCUGGUACUAUAUUAAACUGCGGCCAGGACUAGAGGAGUUCUUACAGAACGUGGCAGAGAUCUAUGAGUUACACAUCUAUACUAUGGGUACUCGUGCCUACGCCCAACAUAUUGUUGAUAUCAUUGAUCCCACCCGGAAGCUCUUCGGAGACCGGAUCCUCAGUCGUGACGAGAGUGGAAGUUUGACAGUCAAGGACUUGCAGCGGCUGUUCCCCGUGGAUACAAAGAUGGUAGUCAUCAUUGAUGACCGCGGUGACAUCUGGCGAUGGAGCCCCAACCUCAUCAAGGUUUCCCCUUAUGAUUUCUUCGUCGGCAUUGGUGACAUCAAUUCAAGUUUCCUACCAAAGAAGCAAGACAUUGGAGCGAACAAACCCCAGAUCGAGCCCAAAGCACCAGAAAAGACCGCGGAGCAUCAUGUCAACCGUCAAACGCAAGAAGGGACGGAAGUUUCGGCAUUAGAACAACUGGUGACCAUGGGAGGUGGAGACAGCCCAAGGUUACUCCAAGAGCAGACCGAUGCACAAGAAGAGACGAUAUUGCACCAAGUCGAAGAUCGACCUUUGCUACAGAAGCAGAAAGAGUUGGACGCAGAGGAUAAUACCAAAGACAACGAAUCACCAACUCUUGAAGAAUCUCAGGAAUCUGCCAAACACCGACAUCAUCUACUCGUGGACUACGAUCAAGAACUUUACCAGCUGCAAAACCGAUUGGAACAAGUUCACAUGCAAUUCUAUGAGGAGUAUGACAAGAGGCGGACCCUCGCACUUGGGGGCCGAGUGGCAGCUCUGCGAGGGGAGAAGGUUCACUCCAAAGACAAAGAUGUGGAUCUCAAGCUGGUCCCCGAUGUCAAGGAUAUCAUGCCGCUUAUCAAACGGCGCAUCCUUGGAGGUGUGGUUUUAGUAUUUUCAGGCGUUCUCCCUCUAGGGAUCGACUUCCAGAAUGCUGACAUCUCUCUUUGGGCCAAGAGCUUUGGCGUGGUGAUCUCGUCCAGGAUCAAUGCACGCACAACACAUCUUGUGGCUGGCCGCAACCGCACUGCUAAGGUGAGAGAAGCCACCCGAUACCCAGGCAUAAAAAUCGUGACAACGCAAUGGCUUGUCGACUCGCUGGUUCAAUGGAGACAUAUGGAUGAAGACCCCUACCUCCUUCCAGUCCACCCAGAUGACCGGGGAGAACCCAUGUCCCCGGGCUCGUUAGAACUAGAGACAUCCAUGCUCUCAUCCACAGAUGAGGAUAUGACAGGGUCCCAAUGGACCCAGGAGGAUGACGCCGAAGAUCUUUUCAAGUCCUCCGGUCUGGAUGAGACUUCACCCAUCGGCUACGGAGCCGAUGAGCAAGCUGCUGUCCAUGACGAAUUGAAAGACUUCCUCGGCAGCGACGAUGAAAGCGAAAGCGACAAUGAGUCGUUGCCAGAUGAAGUAUCCGCAGGCACGAAGCGAAAGCGCGGUGAAGGAGCCGACAGUGCCACUGACGAGGAAGAAUCCGGAGACGACGACGGAGAAGACUCUGAGAAAGGCUCACGGCUUUCCCAACGUAUAAAACGAUCCUAUGAGCGCAAUACCAAGCUACGAGAAAUCACCUCUGCUCCUGCCCGAAGUGAUGAAGCUUCCUCCGAGCGCCCACAGCCUUUGAUUAUGGAAGGAGAGGAUUCUGAAUCUGAGACAGUGGGAGAUAACAGCCAAAAGUCCGGCCAUCCUGAAGAUCCGGAUGACGAUGAGGAUGAGCUUGAGCGAGAAAUGCUCGCUGCAUUCGAAGGCGGCGAAUAUGACUCUCAAGUGGAGGAAGAUGUUGCCGCUGAGAACGGGUAG